AUGAGGACGGUCGAGGAUCGCUCUUUGGAGUUUCUUAUUCGCCGUGACAGGGAAGCCGAGCUCCCGCCGCUGGCGUCUUUGUGCUGCAAUUACUUCAAGCAGCGUCACUGGCGCGACGCCUUCGAUGACGAGCAGGCUUCUCUUCGUGAGGAGUUGUGGGCUGUAAAAACACAGCUGGACACCAUCCCGAUGGAGGCAUACACGGCCACUCGCAACAAGCUCUUUCCGUUGGCUCUCAGCGGGGAGCAGCAGCAGUUCUCGAACCGUGCAGGACACAAACUGCUCGAGUCGAUGGAGUCCACCGGGGUCUGGAUGGAGCUCUCGAAGCUCUUGUGUGGCAAGUCGAGGAAGCGGCCGCGCGACUUUGCGUUUGCAGAUGUGUGUGGCGGGCCCGGUGCCUUCAGCCAGGCGCUGUUCAAAGCUGGCCGAAAGCAGGGGUGGCGACACCUACACGGUUACGGUAUGACACUCGCUGGUGUAAGCGGACUCGAUUGGUACAAUUCUCUGCUCAACUCGCCGCAGUUCACCUGCACCUACGGCCUUGAUGGCACGGGGGAUAUCUUCAAACUGAGCAACAUCGACUGUCUCGUGUCGAUCACCAAGGCUGCUCCGAUGUUUCUCGUUGUCGCCGACGGCGGCUUCAGCGUUGACUUCUCCGUCGCCAACUACCAGGAAACAAUAUCAUCUCGCAUCAUGUACGGACAGUGGCUUGCAGCCCUCAAACUACUGCGCAAAGGUGGUUGUUGUGUGCUGAAGCUGUUCGACACGUUUUCGCCUCUUUCGCGUGCUGUGGUGUACCUGUCGUGUUUUUUGUACAGUCGCGUGCACGUCGCGAAGCCGCGCCACAGUCGUGUUGUGAACAGCGAGCGGUACUUGGUCUGUGUCGAUUUUCUCGGUUACCCGAACGAGGCGUGGGGCCGGUACCUUGACUGCUUCUACGAGCUCGGAUUCGUGGACAACGAGCACGUGCCGGAGUUGAUGCCACGAGAGUGGUGCCUGCAGGAUGAGAUUUUCAUGGCCGAUAUGCGUGACAUGAACAUGACGGUCGCGACAAACCAAAUGACUGCGCUGCAAAUGAUCCUUAAUGCUGCCUCUGCUGUGGAGGAGGAGCUCAAAGCAAAAGAAACCACAACGAGGACCUCAGCAGAGUCCGACGACAGCCCUCUUUCUUCAAGAGAGAGCUGCAAAGACGGCUAG